AAGCGGCGCCUGCAGCUCCGGCAGCGGGAGUUUGUCCGGAAACAAACAGGAGGUUGUCUCUUGUGUUUGAAAUCAGGCGGAACUCGGACCCGUGUGUUUCAGACGCCAUGACGCAGAGGAAGAGGCUGUCGGGCUCAAGACAACCCAGCUCCUCCGGGACCCAGGAGGACGAUGAGGACCCGACCUUCACUCAGCCGAGCACGUCCCAGGUCCAGAGGGGACUGGAGAAGUUCACUCCUGCACAGGUCGACCAAAAGACAGCAGAGGUGGUGCAGUACUUCCUGGUGAAGGACCAAAAGAAGAUUCCCAUUCGCCGAGCAGACUUGGUGAAACACGUGGUGAAAGAUUACAGAAACAUUUACCCAGAGAUCAUGAAGAAGGCGUCACGGACGUUUGACCAGGUCUUUGGUCUUAAACUGGUGGAAAUCGACACCAAAACUCACGUGUACAUCCUCAUUAACAAACUGGAAACGGCUGAAGACGCCUCACGGAUCAACAGCCCGACCAAUCCAAAGAUGGGUCUGCUGUUCGCCAUCCUCAGCGUUAUCUUCAUGAAAGGAGGCGUCGUGAGAGAAAUCCUCAUCUGGAACACUCUGAAGAAGCUCCGAGUGGACGCUGGACUGAAGCACGAGGAGUUCGGUGACGUGAAGAAGUUGGUCACAGACGAGUUUGUGCGUCAGAGGUACCUGGAGUACGUGCGGAUCCCUCACACUGAACCAGCGGAGCAUGAGUUUCGCUGGGGUCAACGCGCUGACCUCGAAGUGUCAAAAUCCAAAAUCCUGGAGUUCAUGGGUGAACUUCACGAACAGGACCCUCAGACCUGGAGUCAGCAGUACAGAGAAGCCCACUCCACCCCCGACUCCACGCAGGCCAGCACCAGCAGCCAGAGAUAAACCCCCCACUGUUCCCUUGUUCUUAUUUAUCCAGUGUGAUGCUGAGGCUGCACCAGUUCCACUCUUAUCUUCUGUGUUCACACGUUAUUUCACCUUUGAGCCUCCAACUCCUUUUCAAUGUUACAUCACAAACGUUUCAGUUCUCAUUUUAUUGUCUGGACGUCACAGUUCAAGUUCAGAAAAUAAAAUCUUUUUAUAAGAUUCAA